AUGGUCUCACAACUACUUAAAAGCCGGCAAGGAGUUCACGCCAUUGAAGAUGCCCUAGCCACAAAUGAAGACACUCUUAUGGACUUCAUGGGAGAUGCCACUGAAGAGAACAUAGAGGAGUGCCCCCCAAAGAACUGGGAGCAAGGUCGUGGUCUGGAGAGGGAGGCGGCCAUCAGGAGCACUCCAUUCGACCUCAUUCGUGCAGCUCGGUCGAGCUUGCUCUUCCUCUUCUACCACCUCUUCAUCCUCGAAGUGGGUGUGGCUUCCUUGGCCCUGGUGGAGCCUGGUUCGCUCGAAGCGGUUGUAAGGGGUCCAAUGCUCUGA